AUGGCACGCUGCCGUCACAGCGAUUGGCUCAACCUCCGCAUCGAACGAAACGAAGUCAUCUUGUGCAUCUCAGAUCGGCUUCAAACGCUUAUUGACGAAAUUCCCAGCCCUGACCUUCAGCAACCCAGCUUGUUGGUUUUCAUUGGUCAUACCGCCAAAUUGUCAGCCCUUCGUUUGCUCGGAGUAGACAAGAAGAGGCAGAAGUCGGCAGGCAGACGGAAACGCGGCGGCGGAGUGCAUCUCCAACAAGGAAAUCCCGAUGUGUUCCAUGACGUCCCCGUGCUUCUAGCAGAUGGCGACCUUCCAUACCGGGCCUUGAAAAAGAUGUCCUCGGCCCAAUGCCACGAGACGAGACAGUUGAUGCUUCCUCGCAUCCGGGGAGGCGUCCGAGAUCUGGCUUUAGAAGAUGCUGCUGAUCAUCUCUACUCCCGUCUCUUGGGCGCUUUUGCGGAUGUCUUUUGCUUCUUUUCCACCGACGUCGGCGGGUUUGGUCCCGUGGUACGUCGACUCGCAUCGUGGCUCGAGAAUGGCAAGCCGACAACAUUACCGAAGACAACAUAUCCACGGAUGGUCGUGGUGAUGGAAGCCACAGACCCUGGGGCCGAAAGCGACAAGGGGGCCGAGGAGGUCCUCCUGGGCGAGCUGAGAGAAGAGACAACCAAAAACCCCCUGGAGAUGGUUUCGGCUCUCGAAGUGGUGACCGUUCCCCACGGGGGGCAGGACUACCGGCGACUGGAGGAAUUCUUAGUCCGGGCGUUGAAUCAAGGUCGAAGGCAGAAGAUCGAAGCGAGGACGCUUUUCUCUGGGAGGCACUUGACCGCGUUCUUCAGAUGUGCGACCGACCACUUUGGCAGAACCACUAGGGAGCCGUUCGAUUUCGUGCAAGCGUCGCGUUUGCGAAAUCCUGUCGCGUCGGACUUAGGCACGCAUCUGUCCAACUUCCUAAAGCAGAUCAAAUCGCCUGAAGAGCUAAUGGACUUCGCGGUGCCAAUGAUUGCAUCGAGCCUUCUGCUGGAUCACUAUCCUCCCGGUAUGCACGAUGUGUUUCAGACCCUGUAUAAAGACGCCUGCUAUCAAGCGGGUAGGAGCGGUGUGCUUGUGUAUGACAGCUCGAUAAAAUUGCUUCUUCCGUCUGGCUUCGUCCAAGCCGUCUCAGAACAGCUGCGAAAAUGUUUCGAGGACUUUGUCGCAGGCACGCCGUCCAUGACGGUCCAUCACAACAAUCUGAAGAGUUUUAAGCUUCGCUGGAAGCGGGUAAGAAGCGACGACACCUGUCUCGUAUGCUUGCGUCGCACGCCAGAGAACAACACCUUGCCCUGCGGCCACGCGGUCUGCGAGAACUGCCCCCGAGUCUUCGGACACGCGGAUCAGAAUGAUCGCUGGGCGUUUGACAUUCGGCGCUGUUUCCUCUGCGAUAUAGCGCUUCGAGAGGUGACGGUAAAGGUAAAGCCUGACACCGCGGGCGUCAACGUAUUGACCAUCGAUGGGGGCGGCAUUAAAGGAAUCGUGCCGCUGCUGUUUUUGCAAAUCUUGCAGGAUAGGGUAGGCCUACCGAUCCCAGUGCAGGAUAAUUUCGAGAUUUCGUUCGGCACCAGUUCCGGCGGGCUGAUCGUCCUCGCAUUGUUUAUUAUGGGGUGGCCGGUGGAGGACUGUGCGAAUAUUUUCGAAUCUUUUGCGAAAAGGGCAUUCAGGCCGCGCUGGGUCUCCCACGUACCCGUCGUGUCCCGCAUUCCGGUCCUGUCGCACAUUCUUGAGUUUCUCGUGUCAUAUUUGGCCGACGGUCUAUAUCCAGCGGAUAAUUUGGAAGCUGCGUUAAAAGCAGUUUUCGGCGGCGACAUGGGUAUCCUGGACAACUCCUAUGCAACUGCGAUCGGCGCGAAAGUGGGAAUCCCGGUGACCACAGUCCUGGAAACGGACCCGUGCCUCUUCACCAACUAUAAUGGGGCGGGAACGCGGCCGCAGGACUGCGGAUACCGCAUUGUCCGGUCACAAGAUGGGCGGAAAACGAUUCGGUUGUGGGAGAUAGCAAUGAGCGGAGCUGCGGCACCGUGGUACUUUCCAGCAAAGCGCAUCCCUGGGGCAGGAACCUUUCAAGACGGAGCCCUGUGGAGGAACAAUCCCGUCGACCUUGCCCUGUGGGAAAUCCCGGUGGUGUGGCCACUGAUCCGAAGGCCUAAUGUGGUCGUCUCCCUCGGUACCGGGUCCCCGGGACCACGCGUACCUACGUCGCACUCCAGUAGACUACGUGCGAUCUGGAGAGAGGGAUUCCUGCCACGAUCGUACAGAGCCUUCAUGGAAUUAAUCAACGGGCAAAAAAUUGCCCAGGCGUUCAAGAAUGGAAGACGGGCAGAGUUGGACGGGCGCUAUUUCCGGUUUGACGUCGAACUGGACAGGGAGGUCGACUUGGACGAUACGAGCGGGAUGCGCGGGCUGGCAACAAAGGCUCGGGAACAGUUCUGUCGGUCGGAGGAUGUCGAUAUCGUCGCGCGUUGCCUCGUUGCGACGCGUUUCUACUUCGAACUCGAGUCAAAGCCGAAGAAGAUCAAGGGGAAGUAUUGUGGUUCGGGCCAUAUUUUCUGUUGUUUGCCUCGAAACAGUCCCGGACUGGAGAUGCUGCUGGAACAGUUGUCUAGACGAGCGGCGAGAUUUAUCGUAAACGGCCACUGGAUUCCCGGGUCGGUCGGUGAUCGGUCGUUCAUCGACCACCAUGGAACCUUUCGCAAAAGGGUCGAAUUUGAAACCAAGGACACAUUAUCUGUUCUGCUCCAAGAAGGGCCAGCUGAUUCGCAGCACAUCAGUGGAUCUCCAUAUGCCGUCCCCGAUCUUAUGGAUGUGCAAGGCCUCAACAACGAUUUUGGUACUCCUGAUCAUAGGAAGCGAAAGGAGCGUGAGGAGACGGAAGACGAGGGAGAAAAGAGGAGAGAGGAGCCGGCCAAGAAGUGUCGUCGUGCUCGGUAA